AUGGAUCUUGAUUUCGCAGUCUUCCAGAUCAAUGUUGGUGAUGGUGAUGGCGCUGAAAUUAUAUUCAAUUACAACCACAAACGGAUCUCUAUAUCCAUCUUCCCCGGCCCCGAAAUUCAUGACCAGUCCGACAAGCAUAGACAGCCUACCGAAGGGUAUCUGAUCCGACUUCUGGAGCGCGCCGUUUAUGGUGAUAUAAACGUUGAAUACGAAGAGGUGAUAGAUGAAUUUUUCGAGAUCAUUGAUGACGCAGGCAGAACUGCGUUUCCCCAGAGAGCAUCCCCUCGCCCUGUCCCCGAACCGGCCCAGGACUUACACUCUGCUCUCUUCCCCGAGACCUCGUUCUUCCGUCUUUUGACCACCUCCGGCAAGAUUUCUCUUAUCCCGAUUAGUUCAAGAGAGGCCAACACCUGCCCUGAAGCGAUUUUGGACCGCGAUAUUUAUAUCGACCUCGAAAUUAACGCCAGCCUCACACAGUAUUCUUCUAAGGAGAUCCUCAUUGAAGAGGCCUUCGUCCACGGCGGGGGCCACACUGUCUGCCAGGUUCUAGUUGAUGGCAAGGUCAUGCUCUGCAAGGCUUCGAACACUGGCCUGACUAAUCUAAGCCUAGAGCGAGAGCUUGGAAAGCUUCAAAAGAUACAAGAAUCCGGCCUGCCUAGCAUACGUGUCCCGCCGCUCCUGGGUUAUGUUGUGCAUCCCGAAGCAGGUCGCAUCCUUGGGUUUCUGCGGGAGUUGGUUCCGGGGCGUUGUCUUAGGGAGAUUGACAUCCCUUCAACACCUGAAGAAAGGCGACGGAAAUGGGCAUCGCAGCUCUGUGAGGCGGUUAACCAACUUCAUGAGAUCGGUGUGAUCUGGGGCGAUGGGAAAGCCCGCAAUGUCAUCAUUGACAUCGACGACGAUGCUUGGCUUAUUGACUUGGGCGGCGGCUGGACAGAAGGAUGGAUAGAUGAGAAGCUGGCCGACACAGUUGAAGGAGAUGAACAGGCAGUCAAGAGAAUUAUGCAGUUCUUGGGAGCCGAUGCUCUCAGGAGAAAAAAGAAGGAGGGGGGAAAGGCCUCAAAGGCGCCCAAGGCCGAGACUGAGAAGCCUGCUGAAUCUACAUCUGCUGCGGCGCCCGAGACCGAGAGGACAGACGCCGCCGUCGAAGAAGACGCGCCGCCCGAAUACGAACAGGCCACCUCACCGACGCAUGACGCAGGGUCCCUAGCGCAACAGUCAAAGAUGAGGUCUUCCAGUUUCCGAAAGGGUUCCAUCUCAGGCCCACUGUCCCCUGGCCUCUCCAGCCCCGACGGCACAACAGCCCCCGAGAUCUACCGGAAACAUGUAGCACGGAUCGAGGAACUGGAAACCGAGAACGAGCGCCUCAAUAAAGAUUUUGCGGAUUCUGAGAGGAGGCGGAAGAAGGCCGAGGAUGAGCUCGAGGAGCUGCGAGAGGCAGACUCUCCUACUCGGGAGAGUGGUGGGGUGAGCGACGAGGUUGAGAAGCUUAAAUCAAAAAUAGAAGCACUCGAGCGACAAAACGCCCAGCUCCAACAACAAGUAUCCCGGUCAAAGCACGGCAAGGAUGCCUCAGCUACAGAACUCGAAGAGCAACUCACAUCCAAGUCAGCUACGAUCGAAUCAAUGGAACUAGAACUAUCCAAGCUACGAGCCGCGCUGGGCCGUCACGCCUCGGGAGCGUCAUCCGAAAGGGAACAAAUUACGGCGCUCGAAGAUAAGCUCGCUCGAGCUGAGCGUGCAGCUGGCCAAGCGCAGCGCGAGCUCGCGGACCUGCGGCGCAACCUUGAUAGAACGGCCGAGAAGGCCGUUCGUGAUAGCAGCGAGCGGACUAGCGUCGAAACUAAGCUGCGGACGGUUGAGCAUGAUCUUGCCGACCAGCUUGCCAUAAGAGCGGAUCUAGAGACGAAGGUCGAUGCGCUCGAGCAAAAGGUCGCUACCCUGACUACACUACAUAGGGAACAGGAUUCUCGGAGCCAGGCUCUACGGCGCGAGAAGGAGCGCGCGGAUAACGAGGUUAAGGAGUUGAAGGCCAGGGUCGAGCGUCUCGAGGUAGAGAAGGUCAAGCUGAGGGCUCGUCGGUCUCACGAUGGAGGCAUCGACGACGAUGCCGUGGACGAGCUGGUAGACGAGGGUAGGUCUACCCUCGAGAAGAGGAUAAGGGAGCUUGAGGCGGAGAACCACGAGUUGCGCCGAGGUAUCUGGAAGGACAAGAGGCGUGAAUUCGAUGGCGGCGAGCACCACGUAUCAUUCCAGGAUGUCGAUCUUGGUUCGGGUAGCGUGCUCUCGCCGACUCACAGGAAGCACGGCGGCGGUGGCGGCAUUGGAGACCUGAUUACGAGUGGGAUCAAUGCUCUUACCGGCGCCGAUGAUGGUGGCUUCCUGUCUGACGAUGGUAUGGACUUCGACGAGGAUGCUUUCAGGAAGGCGCAGGCCGAGGAGAAUUCUAGGCGGCUGGAGAGGAUUAAGGAGGUUAAGAGGGGUCUCAAGAACUGGGUUGGUUGGAGGUUGGAUCUUAUUGAGAAUCGUAGAGGUGGCGGACAGGGCAUUGGCGACAUUUUCGAAAUAUGA